AUGUCCGCGGCACCAGAUACUCGCAGAGAAACUUACAUUUGGCCACGUCAGACGCAGAUUUCUGGACGUUCAGGUACAGUCAGGUAUAAUUAUUCGUUCAUGGCCAGAAAUCGAGACAAUGUAUUCUGAUCCGUUCGUACAGCUGGCAUGAAAUCGGAAUAUACGAUAUUCCAGCGAUGAUCGAUCACAUUACCGAGCAAACAAAGCAGGAGAAGAUUUUUCUGGUAACGCAUAGCCAGGGUGGCACCGCGUUCUUCGUGAUGGCCAGCGAACGGCCGGAGUAUCAAGAGAAAAUCAUCGCCCAUUCUGCUUUAGCUCCAGCAGUCUUCAUGUCUAGAACAGGAGCUUCUCUUACCAAAGUGUUGGCCUUCGUAACUGCCAAUAGCAACCGGAUAUUGAAUUUACUGGACAUGUAUGAAAUUAAAUCAUCCGACGUACUUAUACCUACAGCUGGAAAAAUAGCAUGUCCUAAAGAAUCACCUCUGUUGCCAUUGUGUAAAGGCAUCCUUGACCUAUUAUUUGGCUUCGACGAGAAACUUAAUACGAGUGCGUUGCUUCCUGUUUUUCAAUACGCUCCUGCUGGCGCAUCUAUUAAACAAUUUGCACAUUAUGGACAGUCGGGUCAAUCAGGUCGAUACUCAGUAGUCGAACAUACAGCCAAGUUUCGGCAAUUUGAUUAUGGCGCUGCCGAUAACAUGAAAAAAUAUGGCCAGAAACAGCCUCCUGAUUAUAAUCUCGGCAAUGUCUCGAUACCAGUGGAUUUGUAUUAUGGCAUCAAAGACGUACUCGCCGAUGUUCAGGUUUGUAUGGCGGACCUUCAAUUGGUCUCGAAC